ACUUUUGACAGCUGUGUUAUCAAAAUAUGUGUAGUUUUAGCUAUUAAUUAGUUGUUAAUUCGUGUAAUAAAACAAUAAUACAGUCUACUUUUUAAAACCUUGUAUCUCAAUCGAAUAAUCUGUUUUGGACACAUAAGUUUUUAUAAUACAAUAACCUACCUUAACAGCCCAAUAAGAAGUGCCAGUGUGUUCACAUUCGCCAGGACUUAACCAGACAGAAUGGGUGAACGGAAGGGUCAGAACUUGUACUAUCCCCCCGACUACGACCCUAAGGUCGGGGGGAUCAACAAAUUCCUCGGCACCCAUGCCUUGCGUGAAAGGGCCAGGAAACUUCACAUGGGUAUCCUCAUCAUUCGUUUUGAAAUGCCGUAUAAUAUCUGGUGUGAAGGUUGUAACAACCACAUCGGUAUGGGCGUGCGAUACAACGCGGAGAAGACGAAGAUUGGAAUGUACUACAGUACACCGGUGUACCAGUUUCGUAUGAAAUGCCACCUCUGCGAUAACCAUUUUGAGAUCAAGACAGAUCCAGGGAACUUAGACUAUGUCAUAGUAUCCGGGGCAAGAAGACAAGAGAACAGAUGGGACCCUACAGAGAACGGGCAGAUUGUGCCUGAGACCAAAGAGACCCAGAAGCGUCUGUUUGACGAUGCUAUGUUCCAGCUGGAACAUAAAACUGGUGACGAAGAUGCAGCGAAACAAGAUAAACCCAGACUGGGUAAACUUGUAGGCAGGAAUGAAAAUGUUUGGAAGGAUGAUUAUGAAGCUAACUGCUCUUUGAGAAGGAAUUUUAGGAAAAGACGAAAAGAACUGGAAGAAGCACAUGUAAAUGACAGUUUACUUCUAGCAAAAUCUUCCCUUGACAUUGACCUGCUACCAGAGUCAGAAGAUGACAGAAACAUGGCGUCCCUCUUGUCACUCCGACCCUCCCGCAGCAUAGAGGAGAAACAGAACCACACUAGAAGUAAAAUCCUUAACAGUCCAGCAUUGCCCAGCUCAAGUGGACUUCUAACCAGCUUUGGAGGGUUAAAAAAAGAAGAAUCUUUAAGCAAAAGUGCACCAUUAACAAGGAAUGCCUUGGGAAUAACAAUUAAAAGAAGUAAAACCGAGAGUGAUAAAGAAUUAGAAUCUAAACCUGUAAAAAAUCAGGAUGAUAUACUUCAAAAUAGUGCGACAACUGUUUGUACAGCUCUCGAUAAAAAAAGUGAUAAUGACACUAAGGUUAAAACCUUAGAACAUAAACAUAUUAAAGUUUUAAAAGCAGACAAUGAUUACAAAGUGACUAAUGAAAAUUCUACUCAUAUUGAAACAGAGAAAAAAACAUUUUCUCUUGUAGGAGACUACAGUUCUAGUGAAGAGAAUUCCGAUUAGUAUUCAGUUAGCAAUUCUAAAUAAGAAUUAUAGAAAAGUACCUUUUUUAUUUUUAAAACUAGUUUCAUUAUCAGGCCUCAUAUAUCUAUCUAUCUAUGAAGGAAAAAAGGAUCUCUAGAAGAAAAGGAAUUUCAGGGGAAGCCUUUUGUAAAUACUUACAGGAGUUGGAAAUGUCAUCAUCAUCAGGACAAAUCCAAAUAUGGAAUUCACGAAUUCCAUUAUUAAUUCCAUAUAUACCUAAACUAUGCCUAAAUUAUAAAAAGUGCCCAUAAAAAAUACAACAAUAAAUUAUCUGAAAUAUAUUAUUGUCUGUGACAAGUCAAUUUUGUACAUUUGCUACCUAGGAGUAGACUGAAAAAAUGUUUUAGGAACCAGACAUUUAUCUUCUGUGAAAAAAGAACAUAAUUAAACUUUGUUAUAUUCUGCUCUUGUGUGGGAGUUAAAAGGUUAACCCUGGUAUAAAGGUUAACCCUGGUUUAAGGGUUAACCCUGGUUUAAGGGUUAACUCUGGUGUCAGGGUGACUUUGUUAAUUUUGUUAUCAAGUUUUUAUUGUUAACAUGAAGGGAUAUUUAUUCAAAUAAAACAAGAAUAAUAUUA